AUGAGCCGGCAGACGUACAGCACCAGAGCUGGGGGUGGAGGGCGGUCGUACAGCGCUGCUUCAGCCAUCGUUCCUGGGGGCAGCAGGGCUGGCUUUAGCUCGGUGUCGGUGUCACGAUCUGGAGGAGGUGGUGGUGGCUUUGGAAGGCUCCUUGGAGGAGGAGGAGGUGGCGGUGGUGGUGGAGGUUUUGGCAGUAGGAGCCUCUACAGCCUCGGUGGUUCCAAGAGGAUUUCCUUUGGUGUUGGAAGCAGCUUCCGGAGUGCUUUUGGAGGUGGUGGAUCUGGCCUGGGAGGUGGCAGCGGUGGUGGCUUUGGUCUUGGUGGUGGUGGAGGGGGUGGUGGCCUUGGACUUGGUCUUGGUGGUGGCGGAGGUGGCGGUGGCCUUGGACUUGGUCUUGGUGGAGGCGGAGGUAGUGGUGGUGGCUAUGGCUUUGGUGGAGGUCCUGGCGGGCUUGGCUUUGGUGGAGCAGGAGGCAUGGGGGGACUUGGAGGGCUGGGUGGUGGCAGGGCUCCCUUGGGUUUUGGUGGCCCUCCUGGCAUGGGCACCAUCCAAGAAGUGACAGUCAACCAGAGCCUGCUGGCACCCCUCAACCUGGAGAUCGACCCCAACAUCCAGCAGGUGCGCAAGGAGGAGAAGGAGCAGAUCAAGACCCUCAACAACAAGUUUGCUUCCUUCAUUGACAAGGUUCGCUUCCUGGAGCAGCAGAACAAGGUGCUGGAGACAAAAUGGACCCUCCUGCAGGACCAGAGUCAGAAAAACAGCACAGGCAAGAACAACCUGGACCCACUCUUUGAGGCUUACAUCAAUAACCUGAAGCGGCAGCUGGCCAACCUGCUGAGCGAGAGAGGACGCAUGGACGGGGAGCUGAAGAACAUGCAAGACCUUGUUGAGGAUUUCAAGAACAAGUAUGAAGAGGAAAUCAAUCGACGCACAGCAGCAGAGAAUGAAUUUGUGGUGCUGAAGAAGGAUGUGGAUGCUGCUUACAUGAAUAAGGUGGAGCUGGAGGCCAAGGUGGAUGCUCUGACUGAUGAACUCAACUUCCUCCGAGCCCUCUACGAGGCGGAGCUGGCUCAGCUCAGCACACAAACGUCUGACACUGCUGUCAUCCUGUCCAUGGACAACAACCGGGACCUGGACCUCAGCAGCAUCAUAGCUGAAGUCAAAGCACAGUAUGAGGACAUUGCCAACCGCAGCCGGGCUGAGGCGGAGGCUUGGUACCAAACCAAGUAUGAAGAGCUGCAGGCCACGGCUGGGAAGCAUGGGGAUGACUUGCGCAACACAAAGGGGGAGAUUUCUGAGCUCAACCGGCUCAUCCAGAGGAUCCGAGCAGAGAUAGAGAACACAAGGAACCAGUGUGCCACCCUGCAAACAGCCAUUGGAGACUCUGAGGAGCGUGGAGAGCUGGCUCUCAAGGAUGCCAAGGCAAAGAUGAUGGAGCUGGAGGAUGCCCUGCAGAAAGCCAAAGCCGAUAUGGCCCGGCAGCUGCGUGAGUACCAGGAGCUGAUGAAUGUCAAGCUGGCCCUGGACAUUGAGAUCGCGACCUACAGAAAGCUGCUGGAAGGCGAGGAGAGCAGGCUGAGUGGAGAAGGACUCAACCCCAUCGGCUACUCGGUGAUCAGCUCCAGCUCUGGCACAGCUGGUGGAGGAGGAGGAUUUGGUGGACUGAGCCUAAGUGGAGGUGGCGGUGGAAGUGGAUUUGGUCUUGGAGGAGGUGGUGGAAGCGGAUACGGUCUUGGAGGAGGUGGUGGAAGCGGAUACGGUCUUGGAGGAGGUGGUGGAAGCGGAUACAGUCUUGGAGGAGGUGGUGGAAGCGGAUACAGUCUUGGAGGAGGUGGUGGAGGCUACAGCUUUGGAAGCGGAGGAGGACUUGGACUUGGAGGUGGGGGUGGUCUCGGAGGUGGGUAUGGAGGUGGCAGCGGGCUUGGGCUUGGAGGAGGCAGCAGCGGAAUUGGGCUGAGUUCUGCAGGAGGGAAUUUCAGCUCUGGGAGCGCAAAAGGCACCAAUCCGGGUGUGAAAAUCGUCUCCAAAACUUCCUCCAGCAAAAAGAGCAUAAAGAGCCAAAGCCUGAAGAAUGCCUCACAACCCGAGUAA